GAACAAAUGAGGAGUGAUGGCGGCCGCAACGCGAAAAAAGGACAGCAGCAAACGAUCGACCUCAAGGAGUACCCAAGCAAAGUUCUUCCACUACAGAACGUCGACCAUAACGGAAACCUGACCGCGUACCCUGAUAUGGUUCGCCUUCCCUAUUUGCACGAGGCCGGUAUUUUAUACAACUUAAAAGAGCGUCACUUGAGCGGUAAGCCAUACACCCGAACAGGAGACAUCGUGAUCGCCGUCAACCCCUUCCAGUGGUUUCACGAUCUUUACACCGAAAAGAAGCGUGUCUACUACUCAAACCGUUUGGUAUGGGAGGCUGCCGACCAGGACCCUCGCGACAGCAUGGAACCUCACGUGUACGAAGUGUCGUCCCUUUCGUACAAAGGGUUGGCUUUCGAAAUGAUGAAUCAAUCGAUUUUGGUUUCCGGAGAGUCUGGUGCGGGGAAAACCGAGACGGUCAAAAUUUGUAUGAAUCAUAUGGCGAGUGUUCAGAAGGGUCCAAUUCGACCUGGUAUGGAGGAAUCUCUUGAUCCUGUCGUACAACGUGUGGUUGAGUCCAAUCCUCUCCUGGAAGCCUUCGGUAACGCCAAAACCCGUCGCAACGAUAACUCGUCACGAUUCGGAAAGUAUCUUCAGCUUCAAUUCGACAACAGCAAGAUGAAAGAAAGCAGCCUCACCAGCAGAAGCGUUUCGAACUGCUUGCUUGCUGGGAGCAAAUGCGAUGUGUAUCUCCUCGAGAAAAAUCGCGUCUGCGUUCACGACGACUGGGAACGUACGUAUCAUAUCUUUUAUCAGCUUUUGGCUGCCCCUGAUGACGUGAAGGGCAAGUUUUGGAGCAAGUUGAAGGGAACCUCGAACAAAUCCUUUAAGUAUGUUGGCGAAACCGACACGAAGAAGAUCGAGGGACAAACGGAUGCCGAGCACUUUCAGCACACAAUCAACACUUUGGAACUCAUCGGAAUUUCUGGUGAUAAAUUAAAGACUCUGUCAGACGGUGAGCACUUUGCCAACACGGUGAAAACUCUGGACUUGAUCAAUAUUCGUGGAGACAAACUUGUCGCAAUGAUGCGUGCAAUCUGCGCCGUGUUGCAAUUGGGUAACUUGGGGUUCAAUGCGAAGAACGGAGAUGCCGACAAGUCCGCAGUUGCUACUAUUGAGGAGCUUCGCGACCUUGCUGAAUUGAUGGGUGUUGAAGAGAAGGACCUCACAUUGGCCUUCACUGAGCGCACCAUGAAGACUAAAACAGAGGAGUAUAAGGUGCCGCUAAAUGCUGUAGCAGCCAAAGAUGCCUGCGAUGCCCUUGCGAAAGAAAUAUAUGGAAAACUCUUCUUGUGGCUUGUCAGCGAAAUAAACACCGCGACCUGUGCCGAGGACAACUACAAGAAUGGGAGUAUGAGCAAUUUUGGUAUUAUCGGCCUCCUCGAUAUUUUUGGUUUUGAAUCCUUCGUUGUGAACCGGUUUGAGCAAUUGUGCAUCAACUACGCCAACGAAAAACUCCAGCAAAAGUUCACAGAAGAUAUCUUUCGCUCCGUCCAGACAGAAUACGAAGCCGAAGGUAUUGAGUUGGCUGAGAUUUGGUACGACGACAACACUGAUGUUCUUGACCUUAUCGAGGGCCGAACAGGACUCCUCGCUCUCUUGAACGAAGAAUGCGUCCGCCCCCAGGGCAGUGACCAGGCGUUUGUCCAGAAGGCGCUCCAGGUUAACAAUGCUUCUCAAUGUUUGAUUGUGAACAAAAUGGACCGCAUGUCCUUCGGAAUCCACCACUACGCUGGAAAGGUUAUGUAUGAUGCUGACCAGUUUGUCAGUAGCAACCAAGAUACACUUCCUACCGAUCUCAGUGACCUAUGCAGCAUGUCAACCAACUUCGUCAUCGCUAACGAAAUGGCCAAGGUGGAAGCUGCCAACAUGACUCGUGGAACGCCACGCCGUCAAAAGAGCAAUCUGGUCGCUCCUACGGCAUGGGGCAAGUACAAGACCCAACUCCUAUCGCUCAUGACAAAUUUGCGCAAGACCGAAUCUCGAUACAUUCGGUGCAUCAAGCCCAACAUGAAAAAGGUUCCGGUUCUCAUGGAGCAUAUACCGACUGUCGAGCAGCUCCGAUGCGCAGGUGUUGUCGCUGCUGUCACGCUCUCCCGUUCCGCCUUCCCUAACCGCUUG